CACUGGGUUAACCUCAUUUUGUUCAAAGUUAUUUUUAUUUAUAAUUAUUUUUUUAAACCGUGAAGCUUUAUGAUUUCUUAAAUUUUUAAAAUGUUAACUUUAGAAUUAGAAUCAGAUUUAAGUAAUAGCGGUGUAUAUGAUUCUACUUCAGACUCCGAUAUUUGUGACUACAGUGAAAUCAGUAAGAUAUUUAAACAAGCAGACAAUAUAUGUGAAAAAAUAAUAACAAAGAAUAAUUACAUUUUAGGUAUAGAUGCAACCAGUGAAUGUGAACCCAAUGUUGCUGUGACCGUAUCAGAUAAUAGUAGCUGUAAAAUCUACAAAUUAAGUAAUCAGCAGGUUGCCAUUUUAACAACUUUGAAUGAGUAUCAAGAAAUAAUUGACUGUAAAUUUAGUAAACAAGAUUACGAUUUAAUAUAUGUAUGUUCAAGAAAUGGUAGUAUAGCAUUGUGGGACAUUAGAACACCGAAAAAAUCUGUUGCAAAUUUUUCAGGUAUUUUUUUUAUAUUCAACAAAAAUAUGACACCCUAGAUAUUUCUUACCUUAAUAAUUUUGAUAAUUAUUUACU